AUGGAUUUCUCUGCCGAAGAUAACCAGAAUUCUGCCCCGGGUGACGUCCCGGCUGGUAAGCUGGGUGGUGUUCGCAAGGGACCCGACUCACAGAGCACAACAAAGAGACUCCAAACCGAGCUCAUGCAACUCAUGACGUCGCCAGCCCCCGGCGUCUCGGCCUUCCCCUCGUCGGACGGCAACCUACUCUCGUGGACGGCCACCAUCGAGGGCCCCGACGACACUCCCUACAAGGGCCUCACCAUGAAGCUGAGCUUCUCCUUCCCCUCAAACUACCCCUAUGCCCCGCCCGUCGUGCUCUUCAAGACGCCCAUCUACCACCCCAACGCUGCCGAGUUGUGGGACAAGGACCCCGAGGAGUUCCAGAAGAAGGUGACGGGAAGGCACCAGGACAUUGACGACGAGUAA